GAUGUUGAAGAUCACCAUUCCCGAGGAGGUGACGUCCCCAAUCAAACCCUCGGUAAAUCUUCCCGAAGUCGAUGAAGACGAGGCCUUUCCACGCCGUGCUUCGACCAGUGUAUAUGAUCGCCGCAGUACUCUGUUCAAUCUCGGAGACAUCCAAGCGGUUUCAUCCCCUACCAAUAAAUCGAAUACCUCUGGAAAUGUGCUCUCGCCGCGAGACAGACCUACUAUGGCGAGUCUCAGAAGGGCUGUGAGCAGCACCGAACGCGACCGUUACGGAUUCAAGAAGGCCACGCACAAUAUUAGUGUUCAGGAAUACAACGCUUGGGCAAGCAAAUACGACGAGCAUAUAUCUCGCCGGAGGAACAAGUGGGUGGCGCUGAUGACGAAGCAAGGUCUACCAACCACGAAUCCCACCCGAUUCCCAGAUCAAUGCGACAGGGUGAAGCGAUAUGCAAGAAAAGGAUAUCCUCCGGAGUGGCGGGGUGCGAUGUGGUGGUACUAUUCGGGAGGACAAUACAAGCUCCAGCAGCCAGAAAUGGCUGGUCUCUACGGUUCGCUAGUUGAGCGUAUCAACAAGGGCGAGCUCAACAAAGAUGAUCGCGAAGCCAUCGAGCGCGAUCUUGAUAGAACGUUUCCGGAUAACAUACACUUCCGACCCGAACCUACCGAGGAAGAGCUUGCGGGAGGGACCCCACUGGAGCCACCGCUCAUCAAAGAUCUCAGAGAGGUCCUCUCUUGCUUCGCGUUGAACAACCCCGGAAUUGGUUACUGCCAGUCUUUGAAUUUUCUGGCGGGGCUUUUGCUCCUCUUUCUGAAACAGGAUAGAGAGAAGGCAUUUGUGUUGUUGACUAUCAUCACGCAAAAUCAUCUCCCUGGUGCACAUGCGAGGAGUCUGGCCAAUACCGAGGUCAACGUGUUGAUGAUGUUGAUACGCGACUAUCUUCCCAAGGUAUGGGCUUCGAUCAACGAUACCGACCUGGUAAACAGUGGACCCGGCUCCCAGGCCCAUCCCGAUUCCAAAUUCCAACGCCAACCUACCGUUGCCUUGUCUUGCACAUCCUGGUUCAUGAGCAUUUUUGUGGGAGUUCUUCCCAUCGAAACGGUCCUCCGAGUUUGGGAUGCCUUUCUCUACGAAGGCCCUCGCGCACUCUAUCGAUAUGCCCUGUCCAUCUUCAAGCUUGGCGAAGCAGAGAUCCGCAAAUAUCGGCCGGGCGACGGCGAGCUCUUCAUGACAGUGCAGAAUCUUCCCAGACGUUGCCUCGAUCCAAAUGUGCUCCACGACCUCGCAUUCGUCAAGAAGGGCUUCGGUAGUCUGACGCAGAACGUCAUCGACCAGAAACGCCUCUUCUGGCGCGAUCAGAGCGAACGUGCCAAACGAGCCGUGUCGCAGAGGACGAAGCCAGGCAUGAUUCCCGAAGAUGCAAGCAACCGCGGGGGCAUGGGGGGCUUGAAAAGGCGAGCAUCGCGUCGAUUCCUGAAGAAGAAAAACACGGGGUUCUGA